AUGGUUCGUUUCACCGCUCUUCUCUCCGUCGCGGCGGCCACGCAAGCCGUUCUGGCUACGCCCAUCCGCGCCCGCACUCCCUACGCUGUCAAGGAGAGCCAUUACGUGCCCCGCCAGUGGUCCAAGACUGGUCCCGCUCCUGAGAGCCAUGUUAUCCACUUGCACAUUGGCCUGAAGCAGAGCCAAUUCGACGAGCUCGAACGCCACUUGUACGAAGUGUCUGACCCUGAUCAUUACCGCUAUGGGCAGCAUUUGACUGCUGAGCAUGUGAACGAUCUUGUCAAGCCUUCGGACGAGGCCCUUAAGGCCGUGCAUGAGUGGCUCGGCGAAAGCGGCGUUGAUGUUUCGGCGCUGCGGUACAGCCCUGCGCAGGACUGGAUUGACGUCACGCUGCCCGUCGCAGAUGUUGAGGCCCUUCUCGACACCGAGUACAGCGUCUACCAGCACGAAGACGGUAGCAGGCUUAUCCGCACCUCCAAAUGGUCUCUUCCUCAGCACCUGCACGAGCACAUUGACGCCAUUCAGCCUACCACCUCUUUCAUGCGGACGGGUGCUCAGGCCAGUAAUGCUCUGGAGCUCGCGCCCUGGGUUUCGGCCAGCUACACUCCUCCCACCAACAGCACCAUUGCCAAGGUGUGCAACGUCAGCUCCGUCACCCCUGAGUGCUUCCAGAACCUCUACAGCACCAAGGGCUACAUCCCGCAUACCGGAAAGAGCAAAGUCGGCUUCACCAACUAUCUUGGAGAGAUUCCCAUCCGGCCCGACACGGAGCUGUUCCUCUCCAAGUACCGCCCUGACGCUGUUGCCGAUGCUUCGACCUUUACCCAAACUUCGAUCGCCGACGGCCCCGUGCAGGACACUGCUCUGAACUACACCCAGGCCGAGGACGGCAUUUCCAGGGAGGCCAACCUCGACGUCCAGGCCCAGGCUGGCAUUGCCGGGCCCAUCCAGAUCAACUCCUGGUCGACUGGCGGCAGCCCGCCGUUCAACCCCGACAUCAGCACGCCAACCAACACCAACGAACCCUACCUCGUCUGGCUCAACUACGUCCUGUCUCUUCCCCAGGAGGAGCUGCCUCAAGUCAUCAGCACGUCCUACGGCGAUAGUGAGCAAACUGUUCCGGAGGCCUACGCUAAGAAGGUCUGCUCGCUCUUCGCGCAGCUCGGCGCCCGCGGAAUUUCCGUCCUCUUUUCCAGCGGUGAUUCCGGCGUUGGUACAAACGGCACCUGCAUCAGCAACGAUGGCAAGAAUACGACGCAGUUCCUUCCCGCUUUCCCGGCCAGCUGCCCAUACGUCACCACCGUCGGCGCCACCCACGAAUUCGAGCCUGAGGUUGUCGCCUACCGCCCCUCCUACACCGACUCCCUGGGCCGUGUGCACAACGUGUACUCCAGCGGCGGCGGCUUCAGCAACUACUUUGCCCAGCCAGACUACCAGAAGAAGGUUGUCAACAAGUACGUCAAGAAUCUGGGCGGCGAGUUCGACGGCCUCUACAACAAGUCCGGCCGCGCGUAUCCCGACAUCGCUGCGCAGGGUCAGUACUUCGCGUACUUCUGGAACGGCACCGAGGGCGUCAUUUCUGGCACCUCCGCUUCUACACCAUUGCAUGCCGGCAUCUUCGCCCUGGUCAACGACGCGCUGAUCGCACAGGGCAAGCCUGUGCUCGGCUUCCUCAACCCUUGGCUCUACAAGAAGGGCUUCAAGGCCUACACUGACAUCACUGGCGGAAGCGCCGUAGGUUGCUCGAGUGAGGGCUUCCCGGCGACGGAAGGCUGGGAUCCAGUCACUGGCUUCGGUACUCCCAUUUUCCCGUUGCUGGUGAAGGAGGCUGGUGGAAAACUCAAUCAUACUGCGAGAGGAUUGUAG